CCGGAGCCUUGAAGCCAGCGUCCGGGUCGACCGAGCGGCGUCGUCGGGGUUGGCCGGGGCGGCGGGGCGCUAGAGCCUGGGCGGGCGGGCCGAAGGCCGGGGGUCCAAACCAAAUAUCGGGAGACGGGCGGGCUCACCCCGGCACGGUCGUCGGGGCGCGGUGAGCUCCCGCCCCCGCGCAGUCCUGGGGAGGAUGCGGCCGGGGGCCCCGGGGUGGGGCGGGCGGCGGCUGCUGCAGCACUAGCGGCUCAGGGGGUGGGCGGCGGCGGCAUGAGGCGCGGGGCCGACGCCCGCGGGAGGGAGGCGCUGCCGGCGGCCCUGCCGCUCCCGCUGCAGCUGCUCGCCGUGCCCUGCCCGCGGGGCCCCGGCCGCUUUCGUCCCGGCCUCCGGCCGGGCCGCCGCUGGUGACCACUCGCCGCGCCGCCGGAGGCUUCACCCGCGCCCUCCCCCAGGACGCUCCCGCGGAGCUCCGGCCCCUUCGCCCCGCUCGCGGAGGCCGCGCUGCGCGCCGGGCGACGGCGAGGCCGGAAGAUGGCCUGGGUGCUCAAGAUGGACGAGGUGAUCGAGUCCGGGCUGGUGCACGACUUCGACGCCAGCCUUUCGGGCAUCGGGCAGGAGCUGGGCGCCGGCGCCUACAGCAUGAGUGAUGUCUUAGCAUUGCCCAUUUUCAAGCAGGAAGAUUCCAGCCUUCCAUUGGAUGAUGAAACUAAGCACCCGCCCUUUCAGUAUGUAAUGUGUGCUGCAACGUCUCCAGCAGUAAAACUGCAUGAUGAAACGCUCACUUACUUGAACCAAGGUCAGUCUUAUGAAAUUCGGAUGCUGGAUAAUCGGAAAAUGGGAGACAUGCCUGAGAUCACUGGAAAAUUGGUAAAGAGUAUCAUAAGAGUUGUAUUCCAUGACAGACGGCUACAGUACACAGAGCAUCAGCAACUUGAAGGUUGGAAGUGGAAUCGCCCAGGAGACAGACUUCUAGAUUUAGAUAUUCCAAUGUCUGUGGGAAUAAUUGACACACGGACAAAUCCAAGCCAGUUAAAUGCAGUUGAAUUUCUAUGGGACCCUGCAAAACGCACAUCUGCUUUCAUUCAGGUACACUGCAUCAGCACAGAAUUUACUCCACGGAAGCACGGGGGUGAAAAGGGAGUGCCUUUUAGGAUCCAGGUUGACACCUUUAAGCAGAAUGAAAAUGGAGAAUACACAGAUCAUCUACACUCAGCUAGCUGCCAAAUCAAGGUUUUUAAGCCUAAAGGUGCAGACCGGAAACAAAAAACUGACCGAGAGAAGAUGGAGAAGAGAACUGCUCAUGAAAAAGAAAAGUAUCAGCCAUCCUAUGAUACCACAAUCCUCACGGAGUGUUCUCCAUGGCCCGAUAGCCCCACAGCCUAUGUGAAUAACAGUCCUUCCACAGCGCCCACUUUCACCUCCCCACAGCAGAGCACCUGCAGUGUCCCAGACAGUAAUUCUUCUUCCCCAAAUCAUCAGGGAGAUGGAGUUCCACAGGCCUCUAGUGAACAACUUCAGCCUUCAGCCACGACCCAGGAAACACAACAGUGGCUGCUCAAAAACAGAUUCUCUUCCUACACAAGACUGUUUUCCAAUUUUUCAGGUGCCGACUUACUAAAACUGACAAAGGAAGAUUUAGUACAAAUUUGUGGUGCAGCCGAUGGAAUUCGGCUCUAUAAUUCACUGAAGUCAAGGUCGGUUAGGCCCCGCCUAACCAUCUACGUCUGCCAGGAGCAGCCCAGCAGCACACUGCUGCCAGGGCGGCAGCAGGCUGCAGGCAGCGGAGGCGAGAAUGGCAGUGGGACACCCUACGUUUAUCAUGCAAUCUACUUGGAAGAAAUGGUUGCCUCAGAAGUUGCUCGAAAACUUGCGUUGGUGUUUAAUAUUCCUUUUCACCAAAUUAACCAGGUUUACAGACAGGGUCCCACUGGUAUUCACAUUCUUGUUAGUGAUCAGAUGGUUCAGAACUUUCAAGAUGAGAGUUGUUUUCUAUUCUCCACAGUAAAAGUUGAAAAUAGUGGUGGUAUCCACAUAAUUUUGAAGUGAUGUCUUAUGUAAUCUGAACUAUAUUCAGUACCAAAUAAAGUCACGCUUAAAAGUGUGUGAAGACUGAAUCCAAGAAGUCUUGGGAUUGGAUUUUAAUGUAUGAAAUGUUUCAUAUUGAAAACACAAGAUGACCUUUCUAAUGAGCUGUAUGAGAGGUGAAUCUCCUCACUGUCACUGCCAUGGCCAAGCAUCCUCGUGAGAGGCAGCACGUCGGGACAGCAUGUGUGCAGCUCCUGGGGCCACGGUGCAGGCAGGGCUGCCUGCUUCUCUGGCAGAAGCCAGCAGAUACAGUUCCUAGAAGCAGCCUUUGCUGUCUUUUUACACUGUAUGCGGUUUGGAAAUGAAUGUAAAAACGUACUGUGGGCAUUUACCUUUCUGUGCCAGUCUGGCCUUUAUUGCCUGGACCUUCUGCUGACCUGGGGCGGGGCUGGGGACAGUGCUGUUUGGAGCCAGCAUGGAAUCUGUCUGCCGAGAGCUGCGAAGUGCUGAUACGGUGACUGGUGGUCAGGUAAGAGGCUUGGCACCUUCUCAGAAGAAAUCAUAUCUAAGUGUGUGCAUCUGAUGUGAUCGUGACAGAUCAGGGAAGAGCCAAGCCAGAAAGAUGAGCUGGACGCAAGCUGCAUUAUCAACAGUACCUUGGUGAGAGGAUCAGUGUAAAUCCUAAUAGGUACAAAGACUUUUGUGUUUUUGCUUUGUCACAGAUUUAUUGAAAAACUUUUUGCUUCUGCUUCCAUUUUUAGCAUUUUGUUUCUGAUUUUCAUUUUUGAAGCCCCACUGCCUUUAAAAUUACGUGGUUUUCUUUUUCCUUCAUCCCUCUUUCUUCAUCUGCCCUUCCCAACCCACCCCACCCUAUCCCUUUCUUAAACAUUUUUAAAGCCCUACCCCAGACAUUGGAAAUAGGUGACCCUAAGCAAGGGAAAAACGGAUAGUUUCUGACUUGAUAUUAAGGGGUCUUCAUUAUCAAGUUGAAAUUAUUCUUAAAACACUAGAUAUCAUAAAUCAAACACUAAAUUGUACCAUGAAAAUUUCUUACACUUCUCAAGUAUUGAGCUUUAGUACAAAUCAUGGAUAAACAUUCUGGUGAUUAUUUAGAGGCUUUUUUAUACACCACAUAAUAGUUUCUUUUUCUAUAAAAAGAGUGCCUCCUUCACAAAACCAAAUGCUUGUCUGCCGGUACACUUUUCAAAGGGAAUCCAAUGUUUUUGCAAUUUUUCUUACUAUCUUUAUUGCUUCUCUUCACCCAAAGCCUUUCGCAAAAUUCAUCAGCAAGCAUUUUUGAGGCCUGUGAUGUAGCACACCCAAUUUUUUCUUUAAACUUCAAUUCCAUUUUAAUUAUAGCAUCUCUGUCCAUUUACCCAGGUGUCUUCGUUUUGAAUGUAUUAUUUGACCCUUAUGUUUGUUCAGGCAGAAAUAGGAAUGAGUAAUUUUGAGUUUAAAAUCUGUCCCAGAAGAUAAACUACAUCGCUGGGUAAAAGCUUUGGCAUUUUAUGUUUUAUUCAUAAAGGUGGUGGUCUAAUACGAAGAAGCACUGUCUCUAAAUAUCUCCAUCUUCAGUUUGAAAAAUAUCUCUAACUCUUACAGACCCAAAAGCAGGAAAGCUUUCCUUUCUGUCGUUUUCCCUUUGCUUUAGUAUGACCACGUUUUCUGUACCAAUCAUUUGGGAAAGAAGUGAGCUUCUCAAUUGUUUUAGAGUUUUGCUUGUCUAUUUAGCAUUCCUUUUUGAGUCUCAAGAUAUAUGGAACAAUAAAUGUCAUUUAAUGCUGUGUGCUAUUUUGAAUUCCUCACUGGGUUUUAGAAGUGGGGUGAAAAUUAAAAGCUCAUCAAACUUGAAACUGCACCAAGUGGUGUUGAGCGUUAGUCUGUCCCAAUGAAACGGUUAAAUUACGUAUGGCACCAGCACAUUUGCUACUUUGUUUUUUUAAUAGUAGGAUGUAUACAUUUCAGUAUAAUAAAUGUUUUCCGAUUGUUUUGCAAACGUGUGUCUCAUUUAAAAUCCAGGUCCUGUCAGUGUCACAAGUCAUAGAUAAUCAAGAGGUUGCGUGUGUAUAUUCUGAGCACACAGCAGUCUGAAUUUUCUAGAAGCAGUGAGGUCCAUGUGUUGUUUUCUUUUCAGGUUGUUUUCUCAAAACUGAUGCCACUGAGGACAGGUUAUUCCAGUAACUUUUCCACACCUAAAGUGAAAGCAAGCCUGAUUUUCUUAUCAGAGCUUCUCCUGUUUUAUAAAUGAGGUCAUGGGUCAUUGAGCAAUGAGUAUAGUAGCUGUGAUAGGUUGUGUCCUGGCUCAAAGGAGAUAAUGUAUAGACGACCUCGGUCAUUUACAUGAAAUAGAAACUGUAAUUCAUAAUCACUGAAGCACGUCUGUGUUAUAUGUUCUUUUAUUUAAAUAGCAUCGUGCAUCAGUUAUUCCCCCCCGGCCCCCGGGGUGUAAAUGUGUGUUGCAUUAACUGCUAUGAUAUACAUGAUUUUUAGACUAGCGAAUACUGGAGUAUAUCAUAAGGCAAUAAAAUCAUCAACUUUAAUGCUUAUUCUGACAAUCCUGUUAAAUUGAUUUAUGGGAUUGUAUAUGUAUCUGUCUUCUCUUCCUAGAAUGCAGCCGAAGCCCUGUAUCCUCAAGGCUUCUAAAACGGUCCAUGUAAUAGAAGUAUUGCUAGGCAUGGGAAAAUACCUUGUUUUUGCUGUUUCACUUCAGCUUCUUGUGAGCUCUGGACUCUUCAGUUUGGGGAUUGGUUGCUAGGAAGGGUCGGCUACCAUUAACACACAAGUUCACAACGAAGGUGAUUACAGGUUCCUGAUCUUAAUAAAGAUCACAAACGUGGACAGCACAAGCGGCAACAUCACCUUACCAGAUUUUAGGUAACAUUAGGAAGGUCUGAAUUUGGAAAACGGUUUUGCUCAGAUUAUCUGCUGUAGAUUAUAGCAAUAAAACCCUCUUGAUUUGAGCAUUGCGAUGGUGUAUUCAUUUUUAUAUUGCGUCUAAAAAGGUGCCAAUAUAUUACUGAUCUGAGUUUAAGUGUAUAACUUUUGAAUAGUUCUGGUGUAACUUGAUUUCUAAGAUUUUAAAAUAAACUUGGAAAAAAAAUCA